UUCAAAUCUCAGUUUACCGAGAUUAGAUCGUAGCGUGCAGUCAGAUACUAUUCCCAAAUGAAUACUUAGUCCCUCGAGCAAGGUAAGAAGAUGCAGAGUUCUUCUCUGAUGAAUCCUCUCAUUCUUCUCCUCCUCCUCCUCCUGAUUCACUUCGCAGCCACCAUAUCAGUGACGGCGACCACAACCGCUCUGAAGCGAAGCCCUGGCUUUCUCUACACUAGAGGUAGCAGAGGAAGAUGCACUCCCGAGUUCUGGAGUAGCAGGAGAGAGGCAUGGCCGAGGAUGCUGCCGCCGACGUCGACGGUGUCAAAAGUGUUCGGAUCAAGAGCGACAGAACGGUACAGAUCUGACAUGACGUUGCUGGAAUCGACGACAGCGAGGAGCGACGAGGGGGACGCGUUUGGGAGAUUGAUGCGGCAAGCAAGCGCGGCGCUGCUCAACUCGUACGCGAGAAAGCGGUUUUCUUACUCCUCUUGGGAGGUGAAGACUCUGAUGAUUCAGGCGUUGGUUUCGGAGGAGGCCGCUGCUCGCGUAGCCAAACAGUUUUCAGUAGCCAAUGAUGCUUGUAAUUAGAAAGGUAGUAAAAGUUUGAAAAUGCAAUUUCAUUUUAAUGAAACAGACGAGUUAGUUUUGCUUUGUUCAUAAAAAAAAAAAAUGAAGUUGUUUUUGCUUU